AUGAUCAUGGAAACGCAGCGGAAUGUUGAAUUCCCACAUCGGAAUGUCGAUAAGCGGCCGAGGAAACGGCCGCGAUUGGCAUGGGAUGCUGUUCCUCCUCUUCCUCCUCCUCCACCCACGGUAUUUCAUCCUCCGUUGUACUAUGGUCCAGAGUUUGCGAGUGGAGUGGUUCCCAAUUUUGUUUACCCAAACAUGUUCUACAGUGGCCUUCCUCGUCAAGGCUCUCCUCCGUGGAGACCAGAUGAUAAAGACGGCCAUUAUGUCUUUGUGGUUGGAGAUACUUUGACUCCACGAUAUCAAAUUCUCAGCAAAAUGGGUGAAGGUACAUUUGGACAAGUAUUGGAAUGCUUUGAUAAUAAAAACAAAGAAGUCGUGGCGAUCAAAGUUAUACGGUCCAUAAACAAGUAUCGUGAAGCUGCCAUGAUAGAAAUUGACGUGUUGCAGAGGCUUACAAGGCAUGAUGUUGGUGGCUCUCGUUGUGUGCAAAUACGGAAUUGGUUUGACUAUCGUAAUCAUAUUUGUAUUGUAUUUGAGAAGCUUGGGCCAAGCUUAUAUGAUUUUCUCCGCAAAAACAGCUACCGUUCAUUUCCCAUUGACCUUGUUCGGGAGCUUGGCAGACAACUUUUGGAGUCUGUAGCAUAUAUGCACGAUUUACGGCUGAUUCACACGGAUUUGAAGCCGGAGAACAUUCUUCUGGUAUCGUCUGAAUAUAUCAAAAUACCUGAUUAUAAGUUUCUAUCACGACCUACGAAAGAUGGGUCAUACUUCAAGAAUCUGCCAAAAUCAAGUGCCAUCAAGCUCAUUGAUUUUGGAAGUACAACGUUUGAACACCAAGACCAUAACUACAUCGUAUCCACAAGGCAUUACCGCGCGCCAGAAGUUAUCCUAGGGGUUGGAUGGAACUAUCCAUGUGAUUUGUGGAGUAUAGGUUGCAUACUUGUUGAACUUUGUUCGGGAGAGGCGCUUUUCCAAACACAUGAAAACUUGGAGCAUUUGGCGAUGAUGGAAAGGGUCCUUGGACCAUUACCACCUCAUAUGGUGCUCAGAGCUGACCGGCGCUCUGAGAAAUACUUCAGGAGAGGUGCAAAGUUAGAUUGGCCUGAAGGUGCGGCAUCAAGAGACAGCUUGAAAGCUGUAUGGAAACUUCCCCGGUUACCGAAUCUGAUAAUGCAGCACGUGGAUCACUCGGCCGGUGAUCUGAUAGAUCUAUUACAAGGGCUGCUUCGCUAUGAUCCAACGGAGAGGCUCAAGGCAAGAGAAGCACUGAACCAUCCCUUCUUCACGAGAAGCCGGGAACAGAGAGGGACAUCUCCAAAUCCGAAACCUGUUUCCGGUUUGAUAGAACCGAAACCAUUAUUCGCUUUUGGAUCGGUUAAACUGAAUUGCAGGAUGAGGUCCAUCAAAGACGGAAACGGUGUCGGUUUUGAAGGUUUAUCUCUUACCACAAUCAUGGAGUCUCUGGGAAGAUUACAGCUCAAUCACCAGCCAUUCCACCUUUCCUUCACUCACACCUCUUCGUCGUUCCCCAAAACCCCUACAUCUUUCGCCUUCAGACCUUUAAUCCGUCCAAUUUCCUCUUUCAAAUGCGCUUCAAUCAAAGCCUCGUCCUCCAAAUCACAAGACUCUAUCAUCCCUCUCCGAAAAUCCGCACCUUUCCGUCUCUUCAAAUCCACAUGCAUCACUCUAACAACCGCCGCGGCGCUGCUCUUGGUCAACCUCCAGCUCAAAUCGCCGGCGUUUGCAGCUCCCGUCGCGCCUCCGCCGUCAGUGGAAAGCAGCGAAGAAGUUACCUUGGAAGAAGAAGAGAGAGCCCUUGAAGAGCAUUUGGCAACCCACCCUCCUGAUGUCGACUCCCUUCGUUCCUUGAUGGAGGUAAAGAUCAAAUCUCGAAAGCUUACAGAAGCGAUCCAAGUGAUCGAUCGUUUGAUUCAAUUGGAACCCGAGGAAUCGGAAUGGCCAGUCUUGAAAGCCAACAUCUUCACAUACAGUGGAGAUCUAGAUUCAGCUAAAACCGAAUUUGAAGAGAUUCUCGCUAAAGAUCCGCUUCGCGUCGAAGCUUAUCACGGCCUGCUUAUGGCUUAUUCCGAUGCAGGUCUUGAUUUGAAAGAGGUGGAGAAGAGAAUCGAGGAAGCGAUGUUGAGAUGCCAAAAGGAGAACAAUCUCAACGAUUUACGGGAUUUUAAGCUCCUUGUGGCUCAGAUUCGGGUGAUUGAAGGAAAGCACAGCGAAGCAUUGAAGCUUUAUCAGGAGCUUGUGAAGGAGGAGCCAAGAGACUUCAGGCCGUAUCUCUGUCAGGGAGUUAUAUACACCUUGCUGAAGAAGAAAGACAAGGCAGAGGAACAGUUCGACAAGUUUCGGACACUUGUGCCCGAGAAUCAUCCUUACAGAGAGUAUUUCAUGGAUAAUAUGAUCGCAACAAAGCUUUUCUCAGAGAAGACGCAGCGUGAGAUGGCUGGAUCAGAGAGCUGA